AUGGAGCCUGCUCAGAAGAAUCCCAAGACAAAUAUCUCUGAAAAGAGCAGACUAUGCAAGAAUUUUUUCAGUACAUCCGGAUGCCCAUUUGGUGAGAACUGUCAUUACCUUCAUCAUGUUGAUCCUAAACUGCAAUACAAUCCUGUAAUAGUGCAAAACUCUGCACGUAAUUCAAAAAAAACAUCAGAAGGCUUUACACCUGCGAAAGGCUACAAGACCCACCUUUGCAAAAAUUAUGGUAGUGAUGAAGGUUGUGUGUUUGGAGAUAAAUGUCAUUUUUCUCAUGGAGAGAAUGAUCUCGGAAGGGAUAGUGCAAAAGCUUCCUUUGGUGAUCUUUCCAAGGCAGAAAUCAGUUUCAGUGCUUCUCUAGCUAGUGGCAUAAUUGGAAAAGGUGGUGCAAAUACAAAGAAGAUUUGUCAUUUAACAGGAGUGAAGUUGCAUAUAAAAGAUCACGAGUCUGAUCCAAGGUUGAAGAAUAUUGAGUUUGAAGGUCCAUUUGAGAGUAUCACUAAGGCUGCAGACAUGGUGAGAGAGUUGAUUGAAAGGAUUGAAAUGUUGUCAAGAAAAGAGUUGGGAGAUGAGCCAAAUGAUGAGGUUUAG